AUGAAUUCCGUCCGCCAGUCAUGUCGCCCCAAACACCAAGUCCUGAUCCUCAAAUGCUAUCCGCGGUUUCAGAAAGGCGUGCAGUCUGUCAAACCCAAUUCGUCGGAACUCAGCUAUCUACUCUAUUAUGCUAGCACGCGGCGAAGUAAACUCCAGAAGGUGGGAGCGUUUCUGGAAAAAAGGGCUGCCAGGGAUGUUUGGCGGGGUAAAAUUGGGAACGUUCAGGUGACUCUCCAGAUUCUCGCCGCUCUUAUUGAGAAAGUUCCGAAAGAGUUGGCCCUCUAUGCACGAUCCGUUCUCACUGUCCUUGAUAUCGUUCUACGCUCCCGUGAAAUAUCGAUGGUGGAAGAAACUGUGCCAACAUUCGAACUAUUCUGUCGUCACCAAGAUAGUGCAAUGCUUACGGCGGACCAUGAAUAUAUUAUUCCUUAUCGAGAUAUUGUGCAGACAUACGCAAGCUUCGCAUCUACAGACACACCCGCCGCCACAAAAUCUCCUUUGAGCCCUCAGGCUGUGUUAAGAUGGAGAACAGUGGGUUUGAAGGCAAUCAAAUGUAUUGUGACUUCCGAACUACUGUCCACGGAUGGCCCCAAACAGUUAUCCAUUGUACUUCCUGUGAUUCUGGAGAAUUUAUAUGCCAACGGGGACCCUGGUUUAUCUCCUUUGCAGGAAAAGGCAAAGAGCUCGGAACGGCUGGAACGAGAACAGUUACGUCGUCGUCGCAUGAGCAUCUCGACGGUACAAACUGUUGACACUGUUGAAGGCAACGGCCACCGGGAGACUGCGUCUAGCUCUGCGGCGGAUGCCGAUAAGAUGGCAGAGGUCGAAGCCCGUGUCCUGGCGUUACGGUGCCUAGAAAAAGUAUUUGCUGGAACAAAUAGAGUACAGAUCCGGCUGGCCACCUCGCUGGUGCUAACCUUUAUUGCUCGGCGGCCUCCACCCAGAUACGAAAAAGGUGAACGAAAUACCGGGGCAAGGGGGAAAGAAAAUUGGGCUACCAAUUUAUUAGAUGUCAUUGCCAACUGGACUCCAGUACAGGAUCGUUUUGUCAUUCUUGUGACUUUAUUGGAAGCCUUAACAGAUCGCCCCAUCGUUGACGGAAAUUUUGAGCCUCAUCUUACAUUGGCUUCCAUGAUGGAUUGGUUACUCAGCUCUUCUAUCAGCUUAAUUGGCCUUAGCGUAAUGGAUGUGCUAAUCGGGCUGGUGCAGUUUUUGCAAUCGCUUUUUCUUGCCCAGGAUACUGGAAACCUGAAGUUGCAAUCGCCGCCACAAACCGAGAAGUCUACACCCGCAUCGCCAACGAAUGACAAUGAAAUCGGCUAUUUGCAUCCUUUAUGGGCUGAAUUGCUUGAAUUAACUGAGAAAUGCGUUGGUAAUUUGGCGACACAUAUUUACUACGGAGACCAAGUUUCGGAUAUGAUUCGAGCCAUAGUAACACGCAUAAAACCGUGUCCAGUUGAACAAUGUUCUGAUAAUGAGUUGGAAACAGAUAAUGGGAACACCAAACAAAACAAUUCUCGCGCGGAUCAUAAUACUGAGAGCUACUUUUCGUCCCCAAUAGCGAGAGUCACUGCAUUGCGAGCGACAAAAGACAUUCUGAUAGUGGCCAACCUACGAGGCUCGGUUUCAGGAGCUGGUUCGAGGAAUCGCGUUCCACUGCAUGUAUGGGAAGGUACCCAAUGGCUACUUCGAGAUCCUAACAACAAAGUCCGCAAUACUUAUGCUGCAGCCUUGAUUUCCUGGCUAAAACUGGAGACAAAUAAGACUGACCUCAGAGUUCCGGCAGAUCAGACGAGAUUGUCAAGAAUACUUAAUCGACGGGACGUAUCCGACAACUCAGAAAGGCUUUCGAGAAGGGUUGUAUCGAGCGCCUCCCAACGAGAAAAUGCCGUAAUGAAUCAUGCUUCAACGUUUCUGCAGCUCCUCCAUUUGACUUUGUUUGAUGUUUUUUCGGAAUUACCCACCACUGAAUCUGAUGUCCUCCUUUAUCAUCUUCUUCUGGUUAACCUGGUCGAACAUAUGGGAGUUAACUCCGUCAGGUACACCCUACCUGUGCUUAUGAAGCUUCAAGCCUCCUUUUUUUCUUCGGGGUGUUCUGUACAUGCUUCAAAGAUGCUCCAGGUCGGCAGUCUUGUUCACGGCUAUCUUCUAACAUUGGUGGAAAAGUUCAACCUAGAAGGAACGAAAGUCGGUAACGAAAUUAUUCAAGAAAUAUGCAAAAGGAAAACCUACGGCGUUUGGCUUAACAAGGUUCAGCUUCCACCGCAACCAUUACAGCACAUCCCUUCUCCCAGCCUGGCCGAUAAAGCCCCGUCGCGUCAAGAACCGGACAAGGAAUUUUAUUCACCUUUCACAUCACUGGACGACCUUGUAUCUCAAAUCGAGAUUUCGUACAAUUCAUCUUAUAUAUCUCCUCCUAGCAGUCCAGCGAACUCUCCUGGGCGCUCCUUUUCAAUCUCUUCCCUAGGACCCAACACCCAAAACUUCUCACAUUCGAUUGGAGGCUCUCAAUUGCCUUUAUAUGUCAAGGAGCAAAUGCUGGCACCUUGGUCGAGAGAAGCUUGCUUGACUGCAAUUGAAAAAGAGAAAGCAAAAGAAUCUUCCCUUAGUGGCUCUCGAACGGCCACAGGCGCUCUCCCUAUUAGUAUCACAGCUCCUGUCGGAAGUCGUCAAGAUCGCCCCAUUUCUACCACCCUUCCCGCGGUUUGUUUGGUGGGUGUCGAGAACGCCAGGCGACAAAGCGUUGUUGAGCAACAGACAUCUCCUACAGCAUCUAGCCGAGACUCGACAGUACGGGUACAUGAGUUACGGCGUGUUCUGUCUGUAAUUGGAACGGCAAAGGUUCGCCAGCCAAGUCCGCUACGUGGUCGUCAAAGGGUAGACAGUACUGCUUCCAGCAUUGAAAGCAUGCUUAGUGACGAUUUAUCUAUAUCUGAUGCUGGAACAGCUGCUGUGACAGACAGGCCGCUUUCCGCUCGGGAGAAUUUAGGUUCUGCUCGAGAUUUUAACACUCAGCCCAACGGCAAUCGAGCGCCAGAUCAAUCUAACAAUCGCCUGGAUGCUGAAUGCAUUCCCCCAGUGCCGCCUCUGCCAUCUUCACUAGCUAUCCCUGGUUGUUUUCCUUCCGGCUCCCGCAGCGCAUCGGCUUCCAACUCUACGUCGCCGUCACCGAUUGCUGCAGAUAGGCCUUCCACGGCCCCUGGUCGUCAGGCUAGGGCUCCAUCGAAGAGUCAGGGCAGCAGCACGGCCACUCUCCGCCAAAGUAAAUCCCUGACAAGGAAAAAGUCUUUGAACGCGAGCAUACAUGAGCGGAAGGGCUCCGAACCUAAUGGAAUUCUCGACGAGAAUCUCCAUAAUUACAGUUUAGAUUGCAACAACAUCGGUAUUGCUAUUACCGCUGAUACUACGGAAACGGCACCUCCAGCUCAGGAUUGUCAUGGGACGGGCAGCGAUUGGUCGAGGCAGGAAGCAUCAAGAACCUUGAGCUCAGGCCAACCUGUGGAUGUAGAUAAGCUGCUCCAGGGGCUUGCAAUCCGGAAUGAGAUGCAGCCAAAUGGCGUUGGCGGUGACGCUGUCUCUGCAGAAUCUUCCCAUAGAGUGGCCGAAAGUCGCCGUUCCGUUCAUAAAGGAAAGCAAGCGCACCUACGUCCUUCGACUGCUGAUUUCAACCCGGCUCACUCUCGCAAAGCCGAUUUUCUUUCUCCCAGGUCCGCUUCCUGGAAUCGAGCAACAGGUGACACUCGGGGGGGUAUUGGCCCACCCCCUUACUGA